AUGGGUAAUGAGGCGUCGCUUCCAGAGCUGUGUUCCACAUUUGAUGUUGAGGAAAUUAAACGACUAGGCAAGCGCUUUAAAAAGCUUGAUCUUGAUGGAUCUGGUUCGCUCAGUGUCGAGGAAUUUAUGAGUCUCCCGGAACUUCAACAGAAUCCACUAGUUGCACGUGUUAUUGAAAUUUUUGAUACGGAUGGGAAUGGCGAGGUAGAUUUCAAGGAGUUCAUUGAGGGGAUGUCUCAAUUCAGUGUUAAAGGGAACAAAGAGGCCAAGCUUAACUUUGCGUUCAAAAUAUAUGACGUCGACAAAGAUGGCUAUAUAAGCAAUGGGGAGCUUUUCCAGGUUCUAAAGAUGAUGGUUGGCAAUAACUUGAAGGAUGCCCAACUCCAACAGAUUGUGGAUAAAACAAUCAUGUUUGCUGAUCAAGAUGGGGACGGUCGUAUCUCAUUUGAAGAGUUUUGUCAGGUCGUAAGCGGUCUGGACGUGCACAAAAAGAUGGUAGUCGACGUUUAA